AACUCCGCGUUAGCCAUGCUAAAUUAUUGAACAACUGUCUUGCCGUCGUGCAAACGAUUAUGUCUUCCCAUUCUCUCAACGUCAUCUGACAGAAUGUGCUCGUUACUUUCCAGAACAAGUGCUGUCCCUUGCCAUGGCCUACCCGGAAGCCUAAAUGCGCGGUGUGCGGUCUGGGUUAGCUAGUCUGACACUACACCGGCUGGGCUAGCAGCACAGCUCACUUCGUUCGUCUCAGUUGCUCGACAAUGGCGGAUUAACAAGUUCACCGAGCCAUUCUCCGCGCCUGUAGUGGAAUAUGCAAAAACCAUGCAGGUCCUUACAGGACUUGUGGUGAUAUUUGGAUUUUUUUUGGAGAUAUGGGAUCCCACGACGGGGAUCGAAGUAUGCGAAGAAAACCACCCAGUGAACUUGAACGGGGUGAAUAUAUGUGCCAAUCCGGCAAGGAGUCAGGAAUCCCUGCAGAUGAACUGCACAAAUGAAAGCAUUGUUAUCAAGGAUAUUUUCAUUGGGUCGAAGGUGGAGGUUGCUACCUGUAAGAAGGACGCAAUCACCAUGGAUCCGACCGAAAAGGAAAGGUGUUGCAGAUAUCAUCCCAGUGAUCUACUGUUCGAUUCCAAGUGUCCUGGAAUCCAAAACGCAACGGGGCCUCUUUCCCACUACUUGUACUCUGACACCAUCACCUCCUGCAGUGGACAGAGAUAUUGCGACAAGAAACUCACCUAUGUGAUCCCCUUGCCUAAAGAAUCCUCGCACAGGGAGUUUGCCGACUAUGUCAGAGUGUUCUAUGACUGUGUGCCAGAUACUGCGAGUAUUGGAUUCUGUGAAUCUAGGUCAAUUACCGGCCAUACUGUCAGCCUCCGAUACGACGAGACAACAGCUGAUGAUAGUGAUGAGAAAACACUACAUGACUGCUCGUGCCAGGUGACGUCAUCUGGCUCAGAGCCAAUCAAAAUAACAGCAUUGGACAUCCGGCUUCAGGAUAAGACAGACGAUAUGGAGUGUCACUACACCAAACUUAGUGUAGUGGAUGCAAAAAAUAAAAAUCAAAUUUUUAGAAACAUUUUUUGCCUUGACAAGGAAUUCAUAUUCGGGGUUCCUGUGUUGAAUACGACCGGGUCCAGAGACAUUCGCAUAUCGCUCGGACCAAUAAAGAAAAAAGACUAUCCGUCCUUUGUGUGGUUGCAGAUAGCAGGCACAUCCAACAGAACUCGAGUAACGGUAACUUGUAAUGGGCCGACAACAGAGAAAAGUAACGGAACGCUACCUGAAGCUAUAGUGAUAGCUAUUAUCAGUGCUGUGAUACUCACUGGGAUCAUUGUGACCAUCGUUGCGCUCUGUAAGAAAAGACAGCACCGCGAGUACAACCCGCCUCAGCCAGAGAACAUCUACUUCGAGCUGGAGACCCCGGAGGAGAAGUAUGACCAGAUCCAGCUGAAGCAGCUCCAAGGCUCCGAGCCGAUCAAGCCGGAUCCCAGCUACGGCAGAUUAAACUACGGCAACCCGGAGGAGAGCCACUACGCCGAGCCUGACAAGCUCAACGGCAAGACUCCACCCUAUCUUAUAGACAAUGACUAUGCAACGCCGGAUUCUUGUAGGUCGUGACAAAGUGCAAAGGAAUAGUGCUUACGCUGGCGUUUCAGCCAAGGCUGUGUGUACGGUGUUUACCAAAGGAACUUUGUGUGUUUACGUUAUGAUGUGAUUGUUGAUAAUAAUUAUCAUCACCACCUUGAAACGAAUUUGAAGGAGAACGUUUCGGUGACGCUUGUGGACGUGCUUGUUUGGGGUUUAUUUACAUUAAGAGGCAUCGUUGUGCUGUUUACAAUACAUUGCACGUUUAGUGUCCCCAAUUGAUAAAUAAGAUGGAAUUGAUUACUAUUUUGGUUGUAAGAAUGGUAUUUGAAGAUACUCCACUUCAAAGAAGAUGGAACAACAUCGUUAGAGGUAAUAGUAUUCUAAGAACCGGAAUGUCUAAGAAAACGCGAGCGACCUAAGUACAGUGAUUUGCCCUAAUAGAAGCAUACGGCAUAUCUUCCUCGGGCGAUCUAACUAUGGAUGACCAUGUGUGUUAUUAUGGGACCAUCGUCAGCAUUAUGCAUGGAUAUUCAGCCCUGCGGUGGUGACAAUAUCCCCACCUGUCAAUCAAGGCUUCUGGUCAUGGCAUAACCAAGCUGUUGGAUUAGUCAAGCUGAAGGAAUAUUCAUACAGAAUCACGAACUCUUACAACAGUGUCGGUGACAUUACCAUACGCUCUGGUGGAAGCAGUGUUCUCAAGUAUUUCAUUAUAUAAACAAUGGUCGUAUGAUAACGGGUUAUGGUUAAACAUAAGCACCCUGUUAUAUGAGCAUUAAAUGAUGUUUUCUUCCGCAGAUCCGGGAAAUAAAAUUGAACCUUAAUGACAUUUAGAUAUCGACUAUCUGCUAUCUAUGGACCAGAAAGCUAUUUACUUUGGAGGGAUAACGACAUAUGAUUGCUGUCUGUAAGUGGAUUUUACCCUGGGUUAUGGCGACUGAAUAUUUCCCUCAAAUUGACCUCCGGUAGUGACCAAACAACGGUGUGUUAUCUUUCUUGAGAAAUGUGCAUGGUAAAGAGGUCAUCAACCCAAUUAUGUACGCCAAACCAAAUGAAUAUGGAUAUAUAAACAGAUACCUCUUAUAAGCUUAUCUGUCUCUUCUUCGGGCUGAUAUUGCUAGUAUUUGGUAUUCUACUAAGAUGUAAUCGUACCCCAAUGUUGUAUUCAUGACAGGAAACUGUCCUCAAUCUACUAAUUAAAUGGGAAACGAUGCAUCAUCGGCUGUGAGGCCAGAGUGAUGGACUGACGUCAUGAGCAUGCAAUUAACUCGUUUGAAAUAGUCACAUCAAUACUACACACACAUAACGUUUUUUCUGUAAGAUAAAUUGUAUAAUAUUGUAUAAAGUUUGAUUUUUGUACAGCACAUCUUUAAAAACCAAACAUAAUUUAAUACAUUAUGUACAUGAUGUAUUUAUAUAAAAUGUUUAUAAAUGUUUUUGAAAAAAAUGUAUAAUAGAGUUUUUGCGAUAUAUUUAACGCUAUUGUUACAAUCUACAAUUUGAUGACCUUUUCUAGUUUAUAUUUGAUAUUUUUAUUAAAACCUGUCAUCGUGUUCAAAGGUUAGAUGUUUGGAUGACGUUUUACAGCUGAAGGUGCGCGCAUAACUCUCUAGAUAUACAAUCUCCAUCCACGUGUCCAGACUUGAUCAACAUUGCCAGACAAUACUGUAAGCAAUUGCCAACUGAUACGACCGUCUGUGUAGAAUUAUAGUCAUAAAUGUAUAAAUGUCAGGUUUUAUGAUGACAUGCAUGCUGGUCCAAAUGUCUUUAUGGAUACAUGAAGCAAUUAGCAACAAGUAUAUGUAACUACAUACUCAUAUUAUAUAUGGCAAAUGAAAUUUAUUACUCACAAAACAACGUUGUUUCUCAAGCAUGCUGUCUGUUAUAGGCUUGGAGUUUUCUAUAUGUUUUAAACAAUAUUUGGAUACUUUCCUUUUGUAAUAGGAACCAGAAUGCUAUUUGGAAUUCGUUGUUUGACAGGAUGAAUAUGUGAGAUUUCUUUGGUCGUAUUUUACGGACGCUCCAAUCACGAGUUCCGUUAAUGAAGCGAUUUGUUCUUCAGUACUUCUGAUCUCACCGCACACGGACGUAUAUGUUGUUCAUAUUGAGCACAUAAUUUAGAAAAAAUAUUGAUAUGGUUGUUGAAGUUGAAUUGAUUGCUUUCGUCUAGUCGUAAAUGGAGCCUAAUAGGCAUUUGACACUAUAUAUUAUUCAUAAUACAACCGUACGUGGUAUGUUUAAUUUCAAACGUUUGAACUUACAAGUCCCGUCUGAGUUGAUCAUGAAAGACGUGGCAAAUGCAAUCUUCAUGUUUUCCUUUCUCUGAAAACAUUUUCUUGGGUGAUUUGUAGAUUUGAAAUGAUGCUUUAAUAUUUCCUUGUGCUUGCAUGCUUUAUGAAGGCUUGGAUGUUUUAUGUACAUGUGAUGCGUUAUUAAUAUAUUUGUUUAAUUUCUAAAAAUAUUGAUAAUUAUGUUUAAGACCAAAUUAUUUCCUUCUGCCAAAUGUAUCUUAAUGUAAGCAUAUUAUGAGAGAGAAAUGGGGUAUAAGUGAUUAAAUGUUUUACGUCCUUUCCCAGCUAUUACACCACUGAAUUUUUUUUUCGUUUGCCGUGAAUUAUUUUAUCAGGAUUACAAACAAAAAUCCAAAAAGCGUCUUUUUGUGAAAUUGAUAAAUUACAUAAUGCUUAGAGCGUUAUGCACUAUUACAACUCAAUAUACCUAAGGGGUCCAUUUUUCAUUCGGGUCGCAUCAAGCCCUGGGCAUAAAUCUGAUGUCUUUUGGGUUUUGGUUGGAGCAAAAUGUUAGACAAGAUCCGCUAUCGUGCUAUUGAUGCCAGUCAUCAAAUAUCCAUCUUUCAUUCGGCACGUCUCAAUACAACAGACUAUCUCGGCCUGCACUGGGAGGAAUCCAUAUUGGCGGUGUAUUCCCUAGUUUCUCGAGUUCACGUGACUGUCACAUUACACAAUGGCCGUGUUCCUUUUAUAAAUGUUGCUUCCUACGGAAUUGUAUAUCAAAUUUCCAUGAAUCACGUUCAAAAUCGGCCUUAUGAGCUAAAUGUAUACGGAGCAGUCGGUAUACGGUUUACUUUGAAAGCUUGCAAUAUCACAGCUCCAUUGCUCCCCGAGGUUUAAUGUUUUAUGUCUGUGACGGAAUCUUCCGAGUUGAAACAAAUGACCCAAUCUUACAGUGGACGAAAAUACGGGAAGCAAAAAAAUAAAGAAUAGACGAAACGUGAUAGCGUAAUACCGUUAUAAUUUCAUUUGCGAUCAAAUAUUUUAGUGAUCAACUCAUGUCUCUUUAGUAACAGUUGAUCCAUUGUUAUUGUUACUUGAUCCUACCACUGCGUGACACGUGUCUGUUUGUGAUUGGCUGCUUGUUAUUGUUACACAUUUGACCUACGGUGCUCACGUUACUACGUUCCCCUGCCUUGAGCUUCCCACAUCAAUCUCAGUGCAUCAUCCCCAACCCUGAUUUGCCCCCACCGAUAUGUGGGCUAAUUACCACGAGCUUGUUUAAUUGUUGCUGAUUAUCAUGUGUAGCCGAUCUUAUUACCUGCGGGCAUUAUCAGUUAUACUAUAUACAGUAAACUACGGUUAUAACGAACACGCUUAUAACGAACUGACGGAUAUAACGAACUUACUUUUUGGUCCCGACUAUUUGCUGUAGUUAUGCUGUAUAUAUGCUUAUAACGAACUACGGUUAUAACGAACUAAAAUUAGUAGUCCCUUUGAGUUCGUUAUAACCGUACUUUACUGUAUACAAUUUGUGUUCUAUCAGAAACGGGAGCACAGGUGGCCCCAUCACCCAAACGCCGCAGCUCGCUGUGUAGAGUUGCGUCCCUUGGGCACACCAGAAACCUAUGAUCGUGGUUCCAUUUCGGGUCACCCCGAAUAUGUUUCAAGGUUUGUCAGCACCAUACCCGUGCUCGUGGGUUUCACCGAAGUGGAAAACGUCUGAGACCUGAUUCACUUCGGGCUUUCCUCCCACAUUAAGCUGACACGCCGUGAUGUGACUGGAAUACUGUUCAAAGCGGCGUUAAACCCAACUCACCCACUCACUCUAUCUGAAAAAAACACUGCACGCUCCCAUUACACGAUCCUAAACCAGUUUUCAUUUAUUCAUACGCUAUGAGACCGCCUCGGUGGUCUCGUGGUAGAGCGUUCGCCUGGAGAGCGAAAGGUCCGGGGUUCGAUUCCCGGCCGCGUCAUACUAAGAGAUGUUAAAAGAUGGUACUUGUUGUUACCCUGUCUGGCGCCCGGCAGUAAGGGGCUAAAACCACAACUGGUCGCCUCGGAGUCAGUAUGCUGUGUCUGAGUGGGGAAUUCAUGUUAAACUGUGGCAUGGUAUCUCAGUGGGCUAGCACGAUAAAUCGACCGGACUAGAUCGACCAGCAGCCACACAUACACCUGCAUGCACGUCGCUAUAUAAGUGCAAUAACCUUGGACGCGACGUUAAACCCAAUUUCACCUCACCUUCAUACGCUAUGAAGUUUGGGUUAAAGUAGGUUGUACUCUACAUACUUAAACCCUUAUUUUUUGACUGUUUUGCCGAAAAUAUGAUGGAUGUCAGUUCCGGAUCUGUAUUCCGGUUAAUGUUUUAGUCCACUGUUACCAUGGUUACGUCAUAUUCACGUCACAACACAUGAUUGAUGUGGGAGACCUACAAUUAGUGACGUAAUGCCGUCACACAGCUGAAAUCUCAGUUGGAUUUUUAUUGAAUUUAUUUUAUUGAAUCCGUUUCCAUGGUUAUUUCGAUAAUACCGGAAAACAUGGUACAUGCUUUUGUGAUAUUAACUCUAUUCUCCCGCCAAGCUGGCGCGAUUGAUUCGUUCAGUAAUUGUCACGAUUUUGUUUCAUUACUCAAAGUAAUUGCAUCGUUUACUGUAUUUAUGCCUCUGUGACUUGGCACAGCCAAGCCGCUUUUCCACAUGCGGUUUUUGCGAUGUACUGAUAACUCAUGCAGCAAAUGUUUGGAUGGGAGACGUUUUUGCAGACAUAGGCAUUAUCGCGUUAUGCCAAAGACUGUAUUAAAUCAAGUUGAUUACUCACCGCUUGGCUGUGGUUAGUCUAUUGAGAUAUUGUCCGCUUCAGCUUAUGAGUUUAACCCAGCCUCCCAGCCUUGUGGCUACUGAAGUACUAUGCUAGGUAAUCAACUCAUUAAAUACUGAAUCACGACACGUGACGGGGAAAUGAUUACUUGUGUUUUCAGUAACCCAAACGAUCCAUUUUGUUACCCUGAACUGUGUAAAUCAGUACCCUGUAGUCAAUAAGUCUCAUGUGAUUUUGUAGAAUAAAAGCAUAAUAAAACCUUCCGACCCUAUAUGUUAAGGGCAUGUGGCAUGAAUCUAUUUACCUGCUUAAGUAGUAAAGGUUUACUGGUUCCCGUGCGAGCAUGAUGUGAAGGAACAUGACCUAUGAUAUGCUUCAGUACAAGGUCUAUGAUAGAAACAUGUAACACCCGUGCCUUUCAGAAACAAAUAAUCCGGUGUGAUUGAUAAUAAUGUAUUAGGGAUUUUCUUUCCAGCAAUAUUCUGGCUGAAGAUGUGUGCACAACUUGCAGUGUGGUGCUUCUUGUAGCUACUGAACACUAGAAUCCUUCCUGUGCAAUGUUAGCGGCAGUUAUAUACUUAAAUUAAUAUUUAGACCUAGGAUUAAUUUUGAGUUGGUCUUUGUUUUAAAUGAUUUAAAUUAAAUCGUAUUUCUGAAGAGAAUAUGAAAAUAGAUUGUUUUCUCAUUUAUUCGAUGGUUUAUUUCCGUUUGAAACAAAUCAUUCAAUUAUAACCAGCCUUUUGUUCAUAUUUGUUUCAUUAAUUGGUUUCUAAGCCACGACAUAUCACGUGUCAGAUUGUAUCAAGAUUGUAUUCGAGAUGAAAUCCUUUAUGAGGUAAUUAAAUCAUGUCGAUGUUUCAGCGCCGUUGCUUUCGUUUGCGAAGACGAUACGCACUGGAAAGAAGCGAGAUUUCUUUUAUGAUUUGCGUUCCACCAUACUGUAAUAUAACACGUGUAAAAAACAUGUACAAUUCGCCCUUGCAGUAAUCCUUGUAAAUAUUAUACUGUUUAUGAUCGCAUGCAUAUAGACAGUGUAUUUGUAUGAUGACUUGAUGAUGAACUGAUUCACACAUUCAAUGAUACUUGAUUUAUUGUUUUCUACUUGCUCAAUAAAAUUGACAUUUUAUACCUA